GGGAACUGAGCUCCAUGCAAGAGCACCAAAAUGUCCCCGUCCAGACAGCUUGGAGCCACAGCCACCUCGAGAUGGCAUCGCUUCCUUUUGCCGCUGCUGCUGCUGUCACGGCUAAGCCACUUCACUCCCGUCCCGGAGCCAGUGAAGUGCCCGGGACUGCAAGUUCACGGGCCCAAGCUUGAGGUGCCCUAUGGCGUCGCCUUGAACCUUUCCUGCUCGGGCUGCAGCCUCAACCGGGAGUUCAGCGAAAUGUACUGGCUGGGAAACGGCUCGUUCAUCGAAGACCUACCUGGAGCCGUCAGCGAGGGCGACAUCCGCAAGGUGGAGUCGUCGGAGUCACACGUGUCGCUGCUGGGGGAGCUGCGGAUCGAGGCCCUGAGCCCUGCCCUGCGCCACACCAACUUCAGCUGCGUCCUGCUGGACCCCGAGGGGGCCACCCAGAGCCACGUGGUCCUGGACCGCCUGUGGGACCUGGCCUCCAGGGACAGGAAGGGAGGAGACCUCACCGAAAGCCCAGGGACCCGCACUCUGGCGCUCGUGGAGGCCCGCUGUACUGCCGGCCCGGGAUGUACUGGCUGAAUCUGAAUUAUCCUGAAUAAAAGUGGUGGAGACACUCUA